UGUAGCAAGGAGGGCAUUACGAGAUGGAGUCUUGGUCCCCAAAUGGCCAGGCUUGGUCUGUACAAAUCGGAAAUAGUAACAAAUUGCAAAGGCAAAAACAUGGAGAGUUCUCGCGCAAGUGGUAUAACUUCUGGCUAGUUGACGCUUUGAAACACUAUUGCAAUACGACGGGAUUACACGGCUUCAAUUAUAUAACUCGCUCUGACACAACACGAUCCGAAAAAAUAUUUUGGAUUAUAGUGGUUAUAAUUGCAAUAAUUACGGCAAUUGUGUUAGUGGUGAUAUCGUCGAAUUGGAGCUCAGAAACACCAACAGUGACAGUGAUUGAAAGUACUCAUUUUAAUACAUGGAAUGUACCUUUUCCGGCAGUCUCAAUAUGCAAUUUCAAUAAAAUUUCGAAAAGGAAAGCUAUGCAGCAGGCAAGGAUGCUAAAGAAACCUCCGAAUAUAACAGUGGAUAAGUUAGCUAAACUGUUCUUGCGGAUUUUGGAUUUUGUAGAAGUUACUGACGGAAGAAAAGAGGAUUAUAAAACACUGGGAGCUAUUUUGGCUGAGAACAAUGUCAGCACACUGGAAAUGUAUGAAAAACUUGCCCCCGAUUGUGAUGAAAUGUUACGUCGAUGUGUUUGGAAAGGCACUCAGACCCGGUGUGAUACAUUAUUUCAAACGGCCAACUCAUCGAUUGGAAUAUGUUGUUCCUUUAAUAAUCAUGGAACAGAAAGCCACCACUAUUCACUAAGAGUUGCGAACGCUAUGCCCAGCAAACCUCGACACGUUACAGGCAGCGGCUAUCAAACUGGACUAACUGUUAUUCUAAACCCAAGGACCGCCGAUUAUUUUAGCACUCUUUUAAGUGGAUAUGGGUUUAGAAUUUUCAUUCACAAUGCAUAUGAUCAUCCAGGAACAAACUCUGAAACCAAAGUUGUUUCAUCCAAGACUGAAAACUUUAUAGGCAUCACUCCAGAAUCUACGUACGCUACUUCAGACCUUCGUCAACUUAGCCCAAAGUAUCGCGGGUGUCUAUUUCGAACAGAACAGAAAAUGGACUUCAUGAAAUAUUAUUCACACAUUAAUUGCUUAGUUGAAUGUCGCGCAAGAUUGUUUUAUGAAGUGUGUGGGUGUAUUCCACUUGCAUUGCCAAAUAAUGGAAGUCAUUCGACUUGUAGGAUGGAGGAGAUUGACUGCGUCUUAAAGAAUAGAAAUUUAAUCAAUGCAGCAACGCCUAGCGUCAGUAAAACCACCGUUCAAAAUGAUACUCGGACAGUCUCCACACUGAAGUGCAACUGCUUGCCUGAUUGUGAAUUGAACCAAUAUCCGGCAGAAAUAGCAACUGGAGCUCUGAACAGAGAAUUUUCUUAUAAUUCUCUGAGCCUAUUCAAAGAUUUGAAUAUUACUAGCCAAGUGGUAGUGCAUGUCUAUUUUGACGAUUUAAUUUCGACUCGGUUUCGGAAAGAUAUUUACCAAAAUUGGAUUUCCAUAUUAGCUUCGCUUGGAGGACUCUUGGGACUUAUUUUUGGAUUCAGUAUAGUAACUGCGUUCGAACUAGCAUAUUAUCUGUCAUUGCGCCCACUUUUUCGGUGGUUCUCUCAGCGACUAGCGAAAAGGCGAGGAAGGAUCACAGUGGAUGCAUUUCAUGGUCACAGAGAGUGUACGACUGUUAAAAAAUGA